GUGGAGUCAGAUCGACAGACAGACAACCGGAAAAAAGCUGCAUUCUCAGCUUCUGAUGGUCAGCUGUGUACCGCAACUGGAACCGUGCGCAUCACGUCGUUAGCUUCAAACCAGCAAGCCGUCAAUCAGCGAGCCCUUUGGGUGUGGUUGUUCAUAACCUUCUGAAAUAUCCUUCGCUGAGCUGGUUCUAGUAGUUUAUUCACUGCCCGACCUGAUUUGAGGUGUUUAUCUUGCCUCAGUCUUCCUGUUACAAUUUCUGUGGACGUGCGUACGCCUCCAUUUCAGGCUUCAGAAAUGGCCAAUAGAGGACCAAGUUAUGGCCUGAGCAGAGAGGUUGAGCAAAAAAUUGAGCAGAAAUAUGAUGCUGAAUUGGAAGAACGAUUAGUGGAUUGGAUCAUUGCACAAUGUGGUGGGAAUGUAAAUCGUCCGGAUCCUGGAAAACCACACUUUCAGAAGUGGUUGAUGAAUGGUGCAUUACUUUGUAGAGUUAUAAACAGCCUUUAUCCGAAAGACCAGGAGCCAAUUAAAAAAAUCCAGGAAUCCAAAAUGGCCUUUAAACAGAUGGAACAAAUCUCUCAGUUUCUGAAAGCUGCUGAAGCUUAUGGUGUUGCGACAAUGGAUAUCUUCCAGACUGUAGACUUGUGGGAAGGAAAGGAUUUGGCUGCAGUUCAAAGAACUCUAAUGGCUUUAGGUAGUGUAGCAGUUACUAAAGAUGAUGGAUAUUAUCAUGGAGACUCCAACUGGUUCCAUAGGAAAGCUCAGGGUAACAAGCGGGAAUUUUCUGAAGAGCAACUACGAAAGGGACAAAGUGUUAUAGGUCUACAGAUGGGAAGUAACAAGGGAGCCUCCCAGUCUGGAAUGACUGGCUAUGGCAUGCAUCGACAGAUCAUGUGAAACACCAUCCAGUGGUGGAAAGCACCAAAGCAAAUGGACUAUAGACUCCAAAAUGAAUCUGAAAUGCCAUCUUCUGAAGCAUCAUUGCCCAAGUAGGAUGCUUGCUUUUGUGGAACUUUUUUUUAAUGACUCAAUGGCUGAGUCGCAACAUCAAGUUUCUAAUAUUUAAUCCCCAUCGCUUUCCACCGAUUUAGCAGCUGACAAAAGGCAUGUUGUAAGGUUUUACCUGUUGACUAUGGGGUGGGGUGUGGAAAUAAAGUGGGCCUUUUUGUAACAUUUCAGGCAUGCUUUUCACUACCUCUUUAUGUAAUUUUUAGGAAUGUACCGCAUUUCUAAACUGCCCCAAUUUGUUCAUGCGAUUAUACUAAAUUACUAAACUGCAUUUCAUCGGUACAAUUAGAUAUUCUAUAUUAGUCUUCAGCAUGGACCCCUAUACUUUCAAAAACACUUACAGUCAAUUGUUCAGUGACUGACUAUCUUGAGAAAUCAUUGACCAUGAGGGGAAAAUGAAAGUGGCCAAAUUUUGAGAUGACUCAGCUGCUAAAUGCCAGAAUGGUAUUUUCUGUAGUACUACUUCUUAUGGAGUCACACAGCAAUUGUCUGAUGUUUUACUUCCUCAGCGUGAGCCUGCACUGAGCACAUACUGUCGGCUUGUUAUGGAAUUGAACAACCUGAAUAUAACCUUGGUGUUCAAUUUGUAGACUUUACUGAUAUGCCCAUGUAUUUUUACAGAUUUGAUGCAGAUUCAAUCUUUCUGGAUUUCUCAUUCCUUGUCAUUUGGAACUCCUGAGCAUAAUGUAGACCAUGCAUAAUUUAACCCCUCCUAACUGCACUCAAAUAUUCCUCUGGCCUUAUCUCUUGUACACAUGGGUGCUCACUAAUUUUUCCAGUUUGUCCCUACACGUAACCCUAAAGGUGAAUGCACACACUUAACAUUUAUAUCAUGCUUUUACAUUGUACACUUUUUUCUUUUAAUAUUUGGCUUAUUUGUCUGCCUGCAUUUAAACAAGGUGGCUGCAAUGUCUAAAUUCUAAGCUGUUUUGCAAAUCUAGUUAUUUUCUUGGGAGCUAGUUCACAAACUUGUUCUGGAAACUUAAUUUGAGAAUGACCCUUAGAAUGGAAGCCAUACUUCAUGAAAUUGUGACCAAUUAACCAUUUAUCGGGGAAAAGAAUCACUUGAACUUGUCAAUGGAAUAUGUAGAGCUGUUUUUUUUUGUAAUUAUUCCAAAUUGUCAUAGAAUUGCUAAAUUUGAUAUCUGGUACAUUUCAGUGCUUCAGUUGAACCUGUUGCUAGUCUACAGUUAAAUGACUUGUUGGACCAGUAUUGGUAUGACUUAGAUACUUAAGUGUUUAACUGUAAUUUAAAAUUCUACAGAUUUUUUUUUUCUGCAGAACUGCCAGUAUUACUACCUUUUAAUCUGCAGAACUGCCAGUAUUACCACUUUAGUAAAUAUUUGAUUUGUUCUGGUUAGACGAUGUAGACCCUUCCAGGUUUUGGGUUUUCAUUAUAAAUUUGGGUUUUGAGUUUUUUUUAAACACUUACAUCAGACUGUUGAAUUGUCAGUUCACGUGUAUGUGCCUAGAGGUUUCUUAAAUGUUAAAUCAUGACCAAAAUAGUUGUUGUCUUGUAUUUUUGUGCCGAGCACUCCACCCCCAUGCCCGUUAUAAAUGAAGUUCAUGCCUCCAGGAUUUUCCAUGAACUAAAUGCUCCAAUGUCUAAGUUUUCACAAUUUAAGAUCCUCCAGUGCUGUUUAAGAAAAUUUCAGUUUGUGGCUCUGGUGUUCAGCAAAAUAUUACACAUUUAUUAAAGAUUUCAAUGAAAUAAA